UUCGAUACGGGAAGCAUUGGUUCAAUCAUAGUCAUGACCCAGUUCACUGAAAGUGGAUUCAUGUUGUCCCCCACACUCCAAGGCGUUGUUGUUGCAAUGAUUUUGAUAACAUCCACGAUAUCUGGUGUAUGUUCAGGAAUUCUUGCGGACAAAAUAUCCCGAAUUUUCACCAUGUCUCUUGGGGCAGCCAUAUUUUGUGCCGGGUCAGUCAUUGAGUGUGUUUCACCUGAUUUAGUUUGUAUACUAGUUGGUAGAGGUGUAGCUGGGGUAGGAGAGGGGUUUUUCCUUCCUAUCAUUGCCGUGUACUGUGUAGAAAUAUCUCCAGCCACUUCUCGGGGACGAGUUACUUCAAUUAUCCAGAUCGCGGUCACUGUGGGUAUUGCAGCAGGUUUUUUCUGCUGCUAUGGAACCGUUCAUCUGGAUUCUUCUUUUGCAUGGCGCAUUCCUUUUUUGAUUCAAGCCUUGUUAGCUCUUCUGUACGCGAUUGGUUGUCCUUUCAUUCUUCCUUUUAGCCCACGAUGGCUAUGGAUGAAGGGAAAGAGAUCUAAAGCUGAGGAAGUUAUGCAAUUGUUACGCAAACAAGGUGACAACGACGACCCUCAUAUCGAGGAGUGGGAAGUAGUCGGGGAUGAUGGAGAGGAGAGAUCGCGCAUUCGUGAUAUGUUCAAAAAAGACGUCAGGAAGCGCACACUUCUCGCUUGCUUUUUUAUGGGAAUGAAUCAGCUGUCUGGGAUAGACGGUAUUCUAUACUACGCCCCCGUAUUAUUUGCGCAGGCAGGGCUUUCAGCUUCUUCAUCCAAAUUUCUGGCUAGCGGAGUGUCAGGCCUACUCAAUGUAGCCGUCACAAUCGUUUGCACACCAUUCAUGGACCGUAUGGGUCGUCGGAUAUCUACAAUCAUAGGUGGUAUUGCAAUGGGGUGCAUUAUUUGUAUCAUAGCUAAUAUCUAUGUGGCUGGAGCGGGAUCAGGCGGAGGUCGAUGGGUGAUUAUCGUCUGCCUUUACCUUUUUCUCGUCGCCUUCGGAAGCACAUGGGCCCUCACUACGAGAGUAUAUGCAUCCGAGAUCCAGCCGUUGCAUAACCGUGCUGCAGUAUCUUCUAUCGCAAACUCGUGCAAUCAAGGCGUCAAUACUCUCGUAGCUCUCACAUUUCCCGUGUUUCUAGAUAGCACGACUACUGGACCUUACUGGUUGUUCAUGGGAUGUUUAUUCACCACGUCCACGAUUGCUUGGAUGUAUAUGCCAGAAACCAAAGGACGUUCUCUUGCUAGGCAGGUCUCUCCAUAG